GACACUUUGCCGUUCUCAUCGGGUGAAGACAUGAACAUUACUGAAGAGGGGCCAGAGCCACAGCCGCUUUACUCCGUGGUCUUUGGCUGUAUUCUAGCGCUGGGUCUGCCUCUUAAUGCCGUGUCACUGUGGACUCUGCUCAGACACCACAGCCUCAAAUCCCCCAGUGCCGUCUUCAUGGUGAACCUGGCAGUCUCAGACCUGCUGCUGGUGGUCUCUUUACCAAUGAGGGUCUACUACUACGCCACAGGCACCUGGCCUCUGGGCAAUUUGGUUUGCAACUUGAUUACAAUGCUCUUUCACAACAACAUCCGCUCCAGCGCCUUCUUCAUCACCUUCAUCAGCGUGGACCGGCUGCUGGCUGUGGUUUAUCCUCUGAGGUCACGCCACCUUCGAACCUCGUCUAACGCCUGGAAAGCUGCAGCGCUCGUUUGGCUGCUUGUGUUGGUGAUCAACAUCCCAGAGAGUAUGCGCUUUUCAAGGUUUUUAGAUAAAUUACCUGAAUCUUCCUGUUUUGAAUUUAUGCGUCCUCCUAGAUCAUCGUUGCAUUACAUUCAGCCCGUGGUCAUGUUCAGCAUGCUGGCCGUCAACAUGGUGUGCACGGCUCUGGUGUCUUGGACUCUGAACAGACGCCUGAAUGACUCUGCCAGGGUCAACAACAAGGUGAAUGUCAUGCUGAUUUUCUUCUUGAACCUGGUUAUGUUCAUCAUGUGCUUCAUAUCGCCAUCUGUUGGUAUACUUUCAACAAAUAAUCAGGUAACACCUUUAAUAUGUCUCGCCAGUGUGAACUGCUGCCUGGAUCCUUUGUUGUAUUACUUUUGUCUUGAUGCUUUCUGGAAGAAGAAAGAGGAUGUGAAUCUUCCAGGAGAACAGCAGUUAAAGGACAUACGAUCUCCAUGUGUCGGUUUGGAAUGAUCAUUUGGCUUAAAUGUUUAAAGUGUGACAAAAAAAAUCUGUGAAUUGUGUAAAAUAUGCUUGUUAAUAGCUGCCAUAUUUUGUGUCCCUGUGCACUGUAUUUCCACGAUUGUUGCAUGUUGUUGUUUAGCUACGGCAAAAGUUGUUCAAAAGAAUCUCAUGCCAAUGUAUUAAACAUGUAUUUGAACUUCA